GCUCGAGGACGGGCUCGGCGACGCGCAGACGGCGCUGGAGAUGAUCGCGGACGACCCGUCCUCCGCCGACGUCCCGGAGCUCGCGUCGGAGGUCUCCGACGCGGUCAACGCGCUCGAGGGCGCGCUCGAGGCGUGGGAAGCGCGGCGGCUCCUCGGCGGGACGUACGACGCGCUCGGCGCGACGGUGUUCAUAUACGCCGGCGCGGGGGGGACGGAUGCGCAGGACUGGUCGGAGAUGUUGGAGCGGUGUUACCUCCAGUGGGCGGAUCGACGAGGGUUCGCCGUCCGCGUCGAGGCGCGGACGCCCGGGGACGAGGCCGGCUUGAAGUCCGUGACGUUGGAGAUCGAGGGGCGGUACGCGUACGGGUACCUCGCGAGCGAGAAGGGGACGCACCGUCUCGUGCGGACGAGCCCGUUCAACAAAGGCGCGUUCUCCUUUAUACACGCGACGCGGCAGACGAGCUUCGCCGCGGUGGACGUGAUGCCGACGUUGGAGGAUAAGAUCGAGGUGACGACGAUGCGCAGCGGCGGCGCGGGCGGGCAGAACGUGAACAAGGUGGAGACCGCGGUGCGGAUGAAGCACCUCCCGACCGGGAUCGUCGUGCGGUGCGAGGAGGAACGUAGCCAGGCGAUGAACCGCGCCAAGGCGAUUGCGCGGUUGAAGGCGAAGCUCGCCGCCGUCGCGGAGGAGCGGCGGCUCGCGGACGUCGCCGCGGUGCGAGGCGACGUCGUGAAGGCGGAGUGGGGGCAACAGAUCAGGAACUACGUGUUUCAUCCGUACAAGAUGGUGAAGGACGUGCGGACGGGGAUGGAGACGAGCGACGUGGAAGGCGUCAUGAACGGGAAACUCGACGAGUUCCAGAACGCCUGGUUGCGAUGGCGGGCGAGCGAGAAAGACGACGCCUCCUGACUCGCGCGACCGCGUGAGCAUCAGUGCGCAUAGGGCUAUUAAUAAGAUAUUAUUAUUAUUAAAA